AUGGCUCCUGCUGGGAACCAGAGCAGUGGUGUGACUGAGUUCAUCCUGGCAGGUUUCCCGAAUCUCAACAGCACAAAAGCAGAAUUAUUUUCUGUCUUCCUCCUUGUCUAUCUGCUGACUCUAACAGGCAAUGUGUUGAUUGUCGGGGUGGUAGGAGCUGAUACUCGCCUGCAGACUCCCAUGUAUUUCUUUCUGGGUAAUCUGUCCUGCUUAGAGAUCCUGCUCACUUCUGUCAUCAUUCCCAAGAUUCUGAGCAAUUUCCUCUCAAGGCAACACACAAUUUCUUUUGCUGCGUGCAUUACCCAAUUCUAUUUCUACUUCUUUCUUGGGGCCUCUGAGUUCCUGCUGUUGGCUGUCAUGUCUGUGGAUCGCUACCUGGCCAUCUGUCACCCCCUGCAGUACCCCUUGCUCAUGAAUGGUACUGUGUGCUUUCAGGUGGCCUUGGCCUGCUGGAUGGGGGGACUCCUCCCUGUGCUUGGCCCCACAGUGGUUGUGGCCUUGCUUCCCUUCUGUGAACAGGAUGCUGUGGUGCAGCACUUCUUUUGUGAUAGUGGCCCACUGCUCCGCCUGGCAUGCACCAACACCAAGAAGCUGGAGGAAACUGACUUUGUCCUUGCCUCUCUUGUCAUUGUAUCCUCACUGAUGAUUACUGCUGUGUCCUAUAGCCACAUAGUCCUGGCUGUCCUGCGCAUCCCGUCUGCUUCAGGUCGUCAGAAGGCCUUCUCUACCUGUACCUCCCACUUGAUGGUGGUGACUCUCUUCUAUGGAAGUGCCAUUUUUCUCUAUGUGAGGCCAUCACAGAGUGGCUCUGUGGAUACUAACUGGGCGGUGACAGUGGUAACAACAUUUGUGACACCACUGCUGAAUCCAUUCAUCUAUGCCUUGCGCAAUGAGCAAGUCAAGGAAGCUUUGAAAGACAUGUUUAGGAAAGUGGUAGCAGGCUUUUGGGGGGAUCUUUUACUUGCUAAGAAUUUCAGUAAGGAAACAGUGGGGUGA